AUGCCAGUAAUUGCGUUUAACAUUUCUUCUUCUUCUUCUUCUUCUUCUUCUUCUUCUUCUUCUUCUUCUUCUUCUUCUGCUUUCAUUUCAUUCGUCUUCUUCUUCUUCUUCUUCCUCCUCCUCCUCCACCUUUUUGCUUUUUCUUCUUUUACUUUUUUUUUGUUGAUUCUUCUUCUUCUUCUUCUUCUUCUUCUUCUUCUUCUUCUUCCACCUGUUUUCUUAUCCUUUUUCUUUUUCUUCUUUUACUUCUUUUUUGUUGCUUCUUCUUCUUCUUCUUUUCCACCUCCUCCUCCUCCUUUUCUUUUUUUCUUUUAUCCUUUUUCUUUUCUUCUUCUUCUUCUUCUUCUUCUUCUUCUUCUUCUUCUUCUUCUUCUUCUGUUUCGUCUCCUUUUGCCUUUUCUUCUUUUUCUGUUCCUUCUUCUUCUUCUUUUUCUGUAUCAGGCGACCAGCGGGCGGAUACUCAUGCCCUGUCCUCCCGUCCAGGUCCAAAUAAAAUCACAACCAAAACACAAAAAUCAAUAUUUUCCCACUAAUGAUGUUAUCCGUUCUUAUUUCUACCCAAGAGAUAUUCAGUUUAUUAUCUGUCUUUUUUAUGUUCUUUUUUCUUUUCUUCUCUUUUCUCCCUCUCUCCCUCCCUCCCUCUCUCUCUCUCUCUUUCUCUCCCUCAUGUCAAACUUUCUUUACCAGUUUAUCGUUAUAUCAGUCUGUAUCUAUCUGCAUCAUAAUAUGAAAACUUAUCCAUCUCACUUCCAUUUAUAUAGUUCACUUGAUGCAUGUCUGUCUGUCUAUCCUGUAUUCAUUCCCUAUCUAUCUAUCUAUCUAUCUAUCUAUCUAUCUAUCUAUCUAUUCUUAAUUUAUGCUUAUUUUAUCUAUCUAUCUAUCUAUCUAUCUAUCUAUCUAUCUAUCUAUCUAUCUAUACUUCGUUCAUGUCUUAGGCUUAUUUUAUAUAUCUAUCUAUCUAUCUAUGCUGUAUUCAUUCCCUAUCUAUCUAUCUAUCUAUCUAUCUAUGUAUCUAUCUAUCUAUAUUUCCUUCCUUCCUUUCUUCCUUUCCUUCUUUCCUUUCUUUCUUUCUUUAUUUCUUUCUUCAAUUCUUUCCUUACUUCCUUCAUUCCUUUCUUUAUUUCUUUCUUGAAUUCCUUCCUUUCUUUCUUUCUUUCUUUAAUUCCUUCCUUCCUUCAUUCUUUUCUUUCUUUCUUUCUUCAAUUCCUUCAUUGCUUCAUUCAUUCAUUCCUUUCUUUCUUUCUUUUCUUUCUUUCUUCAGUUCCUUCCUUCCUUACUUUCCUUUUGUCCUUUCAUACUUUCUUCAAUUCCUUCCUUCCUUCCUUUCUUUCUUUCUUUAAUUCCUUCUUUCCUUCAUUCCUUUCUUUUCUUUCUUUCUUCAAUUCCUUCCUUCCUUCCUUCUUUCCAUCCUUUCUUUUUCUUUCUUUUCUUUCUUUCUUUCUUUCUUUUUAA